ACGGGGCGGCGCCCGGCUGGGCUGCCGGGCCGGCUCACCUCGCCCAGGCGGCGCGCCCUGCGGGAACUCGCGGGGAGGAAAGCCAGACCCGCGAGCCUCGGGAUUCCGGGACCGCCCUCUCCCGCCCCAGGGCCAGCGGCGAGCGGCAACGACGGCUGGAGCCGCAGCGGCAGCAUGAGAACUGGCUCCGCCGCUCUCCGCCGGCGGACGCGGGGCGACAGGCGGCGGCGGUGCCUGCGCGCGCCAUGGUGGCGCCGUGGGGCCGGGCGGCGGGUCGGGGCUUCGGGCGGCGCGGAGGCCGGGGGUUUCCGCGGGGCGCUUCGGCGCUGGCCGCCGGCCUGCUGUGCACCGCUCUGGCCGCCUACUCCUGCUGGACUCGGCUGCCGCCGCUGCCCUGGGCGUCCCCAGCCCCGCGGCGGCCGGUGGGCGUGCUGCUGUGGUGGGAACCCUUCGCGGGGCGCGACAGCGGCGCGCGGCGGCCCCCGGACUGCUGGCUGCGCUUCAACAUCAGCGGCUGCCGCCUGCUCACCGACCGAGCGGCCUAUGCGGAGGCCCAGGCUGUGCUCUUCCACCACCGGGACCUCGUGAAGGGCCCCCCCGACUGGCCCCCGCCCUGGGGCGUCCAGGCGCGCCGGACGGAGGAGCUGGAGUUGCGGGUGUUGGACGACGAGGCGGCGGCCGCUGCUGAAGCCCUGGCCAUCUCGGGCCUCAGGCCCCCGGGUCAGCGCUGGGUGUGGAUGAACUUCGAGUCGCCCUCCCACUCCCCGGGCUUGCGCAGCCUGGCGGGUAACCUCUUCAACUGGACCCUCUCCUACCGGGCCGACUCGGACGUCUUCGUGCCUUACGGCUAUCUCUACCCCAGGACCCAUCCCAGCGACCAGCCCCCGGGCCUGGGCCCGCCGCUCGCCCGGAAACGGGGGCUGGUGUCCUGGGUGGUGAGCAACUGGGACGAGCGCCAGGCGCGGGUCCGCUACUACCACCAGCUGAGCCAGCACGUGGCGGUGGACGUGUUCGGCCGCAGCGGGCCUGGGCGGCCGGUGCCGGACGCCGGUCUCCUGCACACGGUGUCCCGCUACAAGUUCUACCUGGCCUUCGAGAACUCGCAGCACCUCGAUUACAUCACCGAGAAGUUCUGGCGCAACGCGCUGCUGGCCGGGACCGUGCCGGUGGUGCUGGGCCCCGACCGUGCCAACUACGAGCGCUUCGUGCCCCGCGGUGCCUUCAUCCACGUGGAUGACUUCCCUAGUGCCUCCUCCCUGGCUGCCUACCUGCUCUUCCUCGACCGAAACCCGGCAGUCUACCGUCGCUACUUCAACUGGCGCCGGAGCUACGCCGUGCACAUCACUUCCUUCUGGGAUGAGCCCUGGUGCCGGGCCUGCCAGGCUGUGCAGACCGCCAGGGACCGACCUAAGAGCAUACGCAACUUGGCUCGCUGGUUUGAGCGGUGAGGCGGUUCUCCUGUGCGUGUAUCCCUGGGGAGGUCAGAUGGGCAGCUUUUUGAGCCUCAGCUGUGCAUCUCCUGGACUCCUGAAUCACGGGACGGAGUUUUCCAGACACCCAUUUGUACUCUAUGGGGAAAUGGUAGUUUCCAUAUGGCUAAUCAAUAUUACUCAGCGCAAAGACUGGGUGGGAAGGAUUCCUGGUUCUCAUGGGGUUUUUGCAUAAAUAGCAGUUGGGCUCUGUCUGCUGUCCCUGAGCAUCAGUGUUCACCUGUGAAGGGAGCCCUUCCUUACCGUGUCACUGGUGCAGAGGGGAAGAAAUAGCUUAUCUACCGGAAGCCUUUGAGUUAGUUGCUUUGGCUUUCCUCAUCAGCCCCAGGCCACAUUUGUGGUCUGUGUGGACUCCAAAUCCACACUCCCGUUUCACUGCGCCAAUGUGCAGCAAGCCUGGGGUUUAAGAAGGUGUCCUGUUGUGGAACAGUGAUAGGACUAGGCCACCAGUGGGUCCUCUUUGUUGAAUUCUGAAAAGCCUCAUCUCCUAAGAAGAAGGAAGAUGAGAAGGAGGGUCACCCAAAAAUCCAUUGACUGUUCCUUAACAAGUCCUUUUUAUUCCCCUGCUCUAUGAAUGCAAAGAUGUUAGAUUGUCCUUGAAGGAGAGUUCAGAUGAAUCUAUAGGUAUACCUCACUUUUACAAAUGUAUUUUUGAAACAUUUUUGGAAAGCUGCUUUUAGAUCAAGUCCCAAUCACUGCUUUAGGAGAGUUCAGUAUUUAAUGCAGCCCUAUGGAGAAUCCCUUUGCAAUGUGAAUGAUCAUCUAACUUAUUUCCUCUGUGUCUAUGUUUUUCUAUAACUUAAAAUUUUUAAGAAGUGUAUUGAAAUUACAGAUGUGAAAAUAAAAUGGAAGCAACCUCUCCCCUCUUUCCAGAAAGCCAGCCUGUGUUUACAAACAGAGGAGAAGGAAGCCACGGUGUCACUUUCCACAAAAUUACUUGUUCUCAUCUAUUUCACUGGACCAAAAUUUCAGCAGGAACAUCAGUCCUCCAGGGGUGCUGAUAUUACCUGUUUGCAGAACAAGGAAAGAUUGUACUGCAUUAUGGAAUCAUGGAAGAGGAAAAAAGUAUCUGUUAAUGCUAGUUUUUUUCCCCUUCCAGUCAGUUUUUGGUAAAAUGUUUAGUUGUCAGGGAGUGGAACUAAAUUAGUUUCUGCAGUGAGCUUUGGGUUUUGUUAAAAUCCAAAUCUGCAACUUUGCUUAGGGCCAGCAGGUUCCCCUCCUGGUCUGCAUGGUAGUCAAGUGCAUCCUUACCUUCCUAGUAACCUUGAUGCAGUGUCCUGGGGCCAACUUUGAAAAUACAUGUUAUUGCCUUGGAAAGUUGUUGAAUGAAUAGCUUACUUAGUAGGUGUCCUCAUGUGCCUGCUCUGUGCCAAACACUGGGCUGCAGGUGCCAGGAAAGACAAAAAAAUGUGUAAGGCAAGGAAGGUCCUUUAAAGUCUCCUCGAAUUGCCACUGCCGACAGAUAAGUAAUUAACUUGAUAAAUCAGUUGGCAGAACCUAUUUGUUUAAAAUGACAUUCUUUAAUGUAAUACAGGCCAUAGGUCAAUAACUAGAAAGCCAGUUGAUUUACAGCCUCAAACAAUGGUUUCUUUUUCUCCUAAAUUUAUUAUUUUCUUCUAGUUAUAUUAAGAAAUAAUUAGCACAUGUCACUGUAUACGUUGAAGGCAUAGAGCAUGAUGGUUGGUUUACAUAAAAUGUGCAAUGGUUAUUGCAAUACGUUCAGCUAACAUCCAUUAUCUAAUACAGAUACAAUAUAAAGAAAUCCUCGAUUUAUUAUAAUAAGGACCCUCAGCGACUAAUUAUUAUGGGUGUGGUACAAGAUUAAUCGGGUUUAUAUAAAGUUCUGCCGUAAACAGCAAUUGUGCACUUGAUUAGGACAAUUAGCUGAAUCAUAGAAUAAGUACUGUGUCUGCAUUUGUUGCAGACUCACUUGAAAGGCUCACUAAAAUCCAACCGCUUCAGUUCUUCUUUUCCUUGAAAGGAGAGAGUAAAGGGGUUCCUGGGAGGCUCAGAUGGUUGGGUGUCUGCAUUCGGCUCCAGUCUCUGGUCGUGGUCCCUGUCAUGGUCCCCAUCAUGGUCCCCGUUGUGGUCCCGGGGUCCUGGGAUCUGGCCUGCAUCGGGCUCCCUGCUUGGCGGAAUGCCUGCCUUUCCAUCUCCUGAUGCUUGUGUUCCCUCUUUCAC